CUCGGUUCUGGUCUCCUCCUCCCUACCGUUCUCCAUCUCCUUCCGCCUCUGUUCUCCUUUCCUCGUUCGGCUGUCAUCGCUCUCUCUCUCACUCUCUCUCUCUCUCUCCAGCGGAAGCAGUUGCAAGAGAGCUUGAUCAUUGUUACUUGAGAAGUUGUUUACUAAUUCUUGUUUGACUAUGCUGACACUAGUGUCCGGAUCAUUGACAUGGCGUUCAGUAUGUGAUAUCUAGUUACUUGAUGGCUCGGAAGCAGCACAUUGCGAUUUUUACAACUGCAAGCCUCCCAUGGAUGACCGGGACUGCUGUCAACCCUUUAUUUCGUGCUGCUUACCUGGCAAAGAAUCAUGAACGAGAGGUGACGCUGGUAAUUCCUUGGCUAUCUUUGAAGGAUCAAACAUUAGUAUAUCCAAAUAAAAUAACGUUUUGCUCGCUAGAGGAGCAUGAAGCCUAUGUUUAUUGGUGGCUAAAGGAGAAGGCUGAUAUUUUAUCAGAAUUUAGGAUCGCCUUUUAUCCUGGAAAGUUCUCCAAAGACAAAAGGAGCAUUCUACCUGUUGGGGACAUCACUGAGAUGAUUCCUGAUGAAGUGGCAGAAAUUGCUAUACUUGAGGAGCCAGAACAUCUUAAUUGGUACCAUCAUGGUCGCAGGUGGAAAACUAAGUUCCAGAGAGUGAUAGGUGUUGUUCAUACUAAUUAUUUGGAAUAUGUGAAGAGGGAGAAAAAUGGGCAGAUACAAGCCUUUCUCUUGAAAUAUGUUAACAGUUGGGUUAUUCAGAUCUACUGCCAUAAGGUUGUGAGAUUAUCCGCUGCCACACAAGAUCUCCCAAGAUCCAUCAUCUGUAAUGUCCAUGGUGUCAACCCCAAAUUCCUUGAGGUUGGGAUAGCAAGGCAUCAGCUAAAACAAGGAGCUCAGACAGCCUUUUCUAAAGGUGUUUAUUUUAUUGGAAAGAUGAUCUGGAGUAAAGGCUAUACAGAACUCCUCCAACUACUCUCGGAGCACCAAAAUGAAUUUUCUGAUUUACAAGUAGACUUGCAUGGAAAUGGUGAAGACUUUGAUGAGAUUCAAGAUUGUUUCAGUAAACUGACUCUGGAUGUAAGAAUAUACUCUGGCCAUGAUCAUGUUGAUCCUUUAUUUCAUGAGUACAAGGUGUUUGUUAACCCGAGCACUACGGAUGUCGUUUGCACAACUACAGCAGAAGCUUUGGCGAUGGGAAAGAUUGUUAUCUGUGCCAGCCACCCUUCAAAUGAAUUCUUCAAGCAGUUUCCAAAUUGCCAUAUGUACAAUACCAGCCACGAGUUUGUGAAAUUGACUCUUGAAGCUCUAGCCGAAGAGCCUGUGCCCCUCACGGAUGAUCUUAGGCAUGCAUUAUCUUGGGAGGCAGCCACUGAAAGAUUUGUCGAGGCUGCAGAGCUAAAUGAGGUGUUCCAGGAGAAAGCCCUUCCCUCUGCUAAGCCUUUCAUGUUAAUGUCUUCCGAUGAAUGGAUGAAGAGAUUGGAGGAAGCAUCUGCAUAUUUGCACAAUACCGUUUCUGGAAUCGAGGCUGCACGCUGUGCCUUUGGUGCAAUUCCGCAAACUCUGCUUCCUGACGAGCAACUAUGGAAGGAGCUCGGGUUGGGUUUUCCAGAACAAAAGCAAUGUUUCAGACGUUAGAUCUGCCGCUUCUCUCCCUACACUUCUGUGAAGGUUACUCUGAUUUCAAUUAGAACGUGGUCUUGAGUGUUGGAAUUGAUAACAGUGCAGCAGAUUCGCUUAGUUUACCUGGGUUAUCAUGCGUCUCACUGGAGCUGACUUCUCUACCACUUGUGAUUGGAACUCUUGCAAGAUGUUGUAAAUUGACGGCAUUACGGGGACAAAAUUCUGACAAGUAAACUAUUGGAAAUCCUAAGCCUUAAGUUUGCUUCUUAAGCUGUAAUUAUAUUGGAUUGUUAGUGAUUGAGCUGUAAUUUUUGUUGUCUUUA